UUAUUGUCUGACCCUUUUACUAUUCUUCGGGCAGCUGUUCUUAAAGACAUCUUCCCUCUUCCUCAGACACAGCUUCUUCUACUGGAGAAGAGGAGGAGAACACAAAUCCAAUUCACACUGGAAACUGUUGGGUCGGAUCCUGAGUGAUAUUUCGAGACCGAUGAUGUGGAAGAACAUUGCUGGGUUGUCGAAGGCAGCGGCAGCGGCAAGAACACACGGAUCUCGGCGGUGCUUUUCCACAGCGAUUCCUGGUCCUUGCAUCGUCCACAAGCGUGGUGCUGAUAUUCUUCACGAUCCAUGGUUCAAUAAGGACACAGGUUUUCCUUUGACUGAGAGAGAUAGAUUAGGGAUACGAGGCUUGCUUCCUCCUCGUGUUAUGACCUGUGUACAGCAAUGUGAUCGUUUCAUUGAGUCGUUUCGUUCGCUAGAGAACAACACAAAAGGAGAGCCUGAAAACGUUGUUGCAUUAGCUAAAUGGAGGAUGUUGAAUAGAUUGCAUGACCGUAAUGAGACUUUGUACUACCGAGUUCUUAUUGAUAACAUCAAAGAUUUUGCCCCCAUUAUAUACACUCCUACGGUUGGACUUGUUUGUCAGAACUAUUCUGGUUUGUAUAGAAGACCAAGAGGAAUGUACUUCAGCGCCAAAGACAAAGGAGAGAUGAUGUCUAUGAUUUAUAACUGGCCUGCUCCGCAGGUAGAUAUGAUUGUCAUCACUGAUGGUAGCCGUAUUUUGGGCUUAGGAGACCUUGGAGUACAGGGAAUUGGGAUUCCUAUUGGAAAGCUCGACAUGUAUGUCGCUGCUGCAGGAAUCAAUCCACAGAGAGUUUUGCCAAUUAUGUUGGAUGUAGGCACAAAUAAUGAAAAGCUCCUACAGAAUGAUCUCUAUUUAGGAGUCAGACAACCUAGGUUGGAAGGAGAGGAGUACCUUGAGAUUAUUGAUGAAUUUAUGGAAGCUGCAUUUACACGUUGGCCAAAGGCCGUCGUACAGUUCGAAGAUUUCCAAGCGAAAUGGGCUUUCGGAACAUUGGAAAGAUAUCGGAAGAAAUUUUGCAUGUUCAAUGAUGAUGUCCAGGGAACUGCUGGUGUUGCACUGGCUGGACUAUUGGGAACUGUAAGAGCUCAAGGUCGGCCGAUAUCCGACUUUGUGAACCAAAAGAUUGUUGUGGUGGGAGCUGGAAGUGCUGGGCUUGGUGUAACUAAGAUGGCAGUACAGGCAGUUGCCAGAAUGGCAGGUAUCAGCGAGAGUGAAGCAACAAAAAACUUUUACCUGAUAGAUAAAGAUGGUCUUGUCACCACGGAGAGGACAAAACUUGACCCAGGAGCUGUACUUUUUGCCAAAAAUCCAGCUGAGAUACGCGAGGGAGCAAGUAUCGUUGAAGUGGUGAAGAAAGUGAGGCCACAUGUUCUUCUUGGUUUAUCUGGAGUUGGUGGUAUCUUUAAUGAAGAAGUUCUCAAGGCGAUGCGAGAAUCUGACUCAUGCAAGCCUGCCAUUUUUGCCAUGUCGAAUCCCACUUUGAAUGCCGAGUGCACUGCUGCUGAUGCUUUCAAACACGCCGGAGGAAACAUUGUCUUUGCAAGUGGAAGUCCAUUUGAGAACGUUGAACUUGAGAAUGGUAAAGUAGGACAUGUGAAUCAGGCUAACAACAUGUAUUUAUUCCCGGGGAUCGGGCUAGGGACUCUUCUCUCUGGUGCACGUAUCGUAACUGAUGGAAUGCUACAAGCAGCUUCUGAAUGCCUUGCGUCCUACAUGACCGAUGAAGAAGUCCAAAAAGGCAUCCUUUACCCUUCAAUCAACAACAUCCGACACAUAACAGCUGAAGUCGGGGCAGCUGUUCUACGAGCUGCGGUGACUGAUGACAUUGCAGAAGGACAUGGUGAUGUUGGUCCCAAAGAUCUCAGCCACAUGUCUAAGGAGGAUACAGUGAAUUACAUUACACGCAACAUGUGGUUCCCUGUUUACAGCCCUCUCGUUCACGAGAAAUAGACAACAACUCUAUAUAACUCUUCUCAGGUUUCAUAGAAAGCCAAAAGACAAAAAAUCUUCGCUUCAUCUUUUAUUUGUGAUCAACAUUCUUUUUUUCUUCAAAAUGUGAUAUGUUUUAAGAAAAACAAUGCCAAAAAGAGGGCUUAAGAACAAGAACAGGGUUAGUUCUAGGUCAACCUGUACUUUUCCUUUUUUUUUUUGGACAUUUUUCCAACUUCUUACGAUUAUUUCUGAUGAUAAUGAUUACAACUUUAUAUACUGUUUUGGCAAUAAUAAGCCAAUAAUGAUAUCUUUCUUCUACAUUUUCCUGCUUUACCAUUUUUGUUCUGAUACCAAAAGGUUUAAAUGGUUUCGAG